AUGGCGUCUUGCGUAGGUCGUCGAGCGGGCUCUCUUUCGGAAGCGGCGGCGACGGGGGCGCAAACGGGAACACCGCAACCGCCGCCGCCGCCGCCGCCGCGCCCAAAAAAGAGGCCGAAUCCCCGAAGAGGAGGUCGAGGUCCGGGACCGGCCUGUUCGGCGCCGGGAAGGCACCGCCCCCAGCCCCGAGACUCGGCACGCCCGUCGCCGCCGCAUCCGCGCCGCGGUCGAGCGCCAACUGGCCGCCGAACGGGCCGCAGUCUACUAGCGCCAACGGGCCGCCCGUCGGGUCCCAAUCGACGAACGCGGCGCCCGUUGCCAACGCGGAAACUUCGACCCGACCCGCGGCGGCCAUGUUCCCGGACUCGCUGUUCAACACGUCCGGCGGUGACUUUGACCCGUGGAGCGCGAUGGGCGGGUCGGGGUUUUCGUCCCUCGCGGGGGGUGGCGGCGCCGAGGCCAAGUCCGUCGCGACCGGCGUCGAACGGCAGAAAUCGUUGGGAUCCAUCGGAGGGUCUCGGUCCAGGUUCGGGUUCGUCCUGGACGACGGGGAGGGUGCGGUCGACGAGGAUACAAACACGCAGACGCACACGCAGACGGCGCAGGCGAGCUCGACGCAAGUUGCGGGCGGCGCGCUGUUGUCCAGCGGCGGCGGCGUGCUGCCCAAGCCGCGGACGACGGCGCCGCCGCCCGGGUUCGUCGGCGCCGGGCAGGACGACGGGAGGAGGAAGUAACAGAGGGCAGGGAUAUCGAGACGUUCCGUGGACGUCGGCUCUACCCACCACGAGCACGCGGCGUGGAAAGUGGACAGUCACAACAAGAGAGUAGAAAUUUUGACUUCGCGUUUUAUGAACACACCUGACAAAUGUCUAA